AAUCACAACCGGAAGCGAUUUCCUCAGCGCUGGAGGGCGGAGCUGGUUAGGUGAUCCAGAAUAUCACAAACUGUCGUCUUCAUCUUGCCUGAAAAAAAUAAAUGGCAGUUACUACAUCUCAAUGAGUGCUUUCGAAAUACUGAUCGAUAUAUUCUGAAUAAAAUGUUGAGAAACUGGCCAGUGAAUACUGGACCAAUUUGCUUGCUGCGGUCCGGGUAACAGCGUAGUUGCUAAAGGGAGCUUAGGCCGGGGAACAGGUGGCUGAACACAGGUCAGCGUUAGCGCUAUUUGGUUAGAGUCUCCGUCGCUCAGUUUUGUUAAAACCAAAAUAAUGACGCACCGUCGGUAGGAAUAACUAGGGCUUGUACUAAACUUGCGAAUGCGAAGAAAUGAUCAUUUCGCUCGGAAGGAACGGGUUAAUCGGACUCGCUCUCGGAGCUGCUGCCAGUUUGGGAUUGAUUGGCUUUAUAAUUUUCAGAGAGCGUAGCAGAAGAUCUCAGAAGCUGGGAUCGAGAGGCCAGCCAGCUCAAAGGCUGGUUGAACAGGCGGAUGGAGCUGCGCUUUUCCAAGAGCCACUGGAUGCUCAGGAGAUGGAGGCCCAGCAGCAGGCCUUGGCAGCAGUGGAGGCAGUGUCACAGGGGCUGUCGCCAGAGCAGCAGCUGGUCCUUAGGAACCAGCUAGACCAAGUGCUGAGCUGUGUGGCCUCGCUGCGCUCAGAGGUGGCUGAGCUCAGGGGGGGGCUGCAGGACAUCGCCCUGCAAAUCAUUCAGGAUGUCAAAAAAGGAGUGGAGGAUAGUCAAAGGGUCCGUCAUCGGCGUCAUGUCAACAGAGCGCGCACUGACUCAACCAGCUCCAGUUCUAUCUACUUUACUGCCAGCCAGGAUAUGGCCAGCACUAAUGAAGAGACCAGUGAAGGAGGGUACUCCACAGCUUAUGCUGAGUCAGAGUACAGAGAUCGAGAUACAGACAGAGAGGAAGACGAGCCGGAGCCUGAGCAGGAGUCUGAGGAAGACGAGGAGGAGGGAAGCUGUGCCACAGUCCUCACCAUCCAUCAAAAAGAUUCCCAAGAGGAAAGGGAGUCUGAGGAGGAAGAGGUGGAGGAGAAGGAGGGAAGGCUGUGGAUGAAGACUGAAGUUCCUCAUGGAGAGCUAGCUCUCCUUUUGGCUCAGACUGACAUUCUUCAUGCUGGAGAUGCCACUUUAAAAGCUGAGGGCUUUCGGCUGCUGCUAGAGAACAGAACAGAGUAUGGAGACAACAGGCAGUUUCUCUGGCGACUUGCUCGUUCUUACAAGGACAUGUAUGAGUCUGCUAAGGACAAGCUAGAGAAGUCAAGCUAUGCACAAAAAGGUCGGGAGGAAGCAGAGGUGGCCCUGAAGAACAACAACCUGAAUGUUGAGAGUCACAAAUGGUUUGCAGUGCUGACCAGACUUGCCUUAGAGCAUGAGAGCAUGCACAGCAAACUCAAGAGUGGCCAUAUACUGAAGGAGCAUCUAGAUCGAGCAUUCACCCUCAGAGAUGAUGACCCAAUGUGUUACUACCUACUGGGGAGAUGGUGCUACGAGGUUGCCAUGUUUGACUGGUUGGAGAAGAAGGCUGCUGCUGCACUCUACCAGAGCCCCCCCACAGCCACACUGAAUGAUGCCCUCGAGAACUUUCUCAAGGCAGAGGAGCUCAAUCCCGGUUUCUCCAGGACUGUCAGACUUUACAUUGCCAAGUGUCACAUGGAGCUGGGGGACAUCUCUGCAGCCACAAACUGGACCAAGCUGGCACUGAAAAUCCUCACUACCAAUGAUGAAGAAACAUCUGAACUGGAGGCUCAGCUUCAGCUUCUAACUGACAAACAAACAAACUGACAUUUUGGAGAUCGUGAUCUGACUGGGUUUCAGAUCUUUUCCUUCACUGAUGUGCUGUACUGUCCUUUUUAUGAAUUUGAUGUGCUAUGUGAUAACCUUUAAAGUUUUCAGUGUACUUUUUAAAUGAAUUGCUUGGAUUUAAAUUAUUUAACAUUCCUCGGAAUAUUGAAAACCUUCCAGUCCUCUAGUCCAGAUGUUUUUUUUCAAACACCAGUCUAUUAAACAAAAAGCCCACCUGACCAGCAUACCCAUCAACAGCAACGAAGAUAAACAUGCCAAUAUAACCCUUUAGAGCUGCUGAUUAAGUCUGAAAUCAUUUGAAAGGAUUCGAGGAUUGUUAUUAGGUUAGAGGUGCUGUAAACAUCAGCUUCCUGCUGGGCUGUCUGGGUAAAUUCUUGAAGUUUAACGUGAAGUUUUGAACGCUGGAGGAAUUGGAAUACCUCUUCCAGCAUUCAAUGUGUUGCAGCCUCUACAUUAGUGAGCCCACAUAACAAUGUUUGGUUCUGACAGAACUAUAUUAUUGGAUUCCUUUGUCUCAUUUUUACCCUGUGACAUCAUUGUACUUUUUUUUGUUACACUCAAUGGGAAAAUGCUCAUGUCAUUUCUUCUAACCUAAACCUGUAUUAAAACAUUGAACUCAAA